AUGAGCAAACUCGCCCUGCCCGGCCCCGAACACGCCCAGCUGCCCCCCCGCGACGGCGAGCCCACGCCAGCGCCGCCCAAGAGCGUGCUGGCCAUCAAGGACUUCGACGCCCGACACGGCGAGCUGAGGCCCCCGCCCGCCGCGCUCGGCCCGCAACACCACCACGGCCAUGCCUCGUCCACCAAGGGCGUGGGCGUCGCGCUGAGUGACACGCCCGUGCCCUCGCAGCCAGGCAGCCCGCGACAGAACGUGACGCGCAACUCGUCGGCCGCCUCGACGCCGCGCCUGCGGCCCACGACGCUCGACAUCCCCGGCCUGACAAAGUCCAAGGUGUCGCCCGACGGCAAGAUUGCCCAGCGCGAUGUCGGCUCCAAGCUGGUCAUCGUCAUGGUCGGCCUGCCUGCGCGCGGCAAGUCGUACAUCACCAAGAAGAUGGCCCGCUAUCUGAACUGGCUGCAGCACGACACGACCAUUUUCAACGUCGGAGAGAAGCGCCGUGUGGCCGCGAGCGGCCACGGCUUCCGCCUGUCGCAGGCGAGCCUCGAGAGGGUCCCGUCCGGCGUCAGGGCCGCGCUAGAGCAGCACAGGGACUCCCUCCCACAGCUCGCUGCCAAAAUUCUCAUCAACGGACACAACGGAGCCCAAGACCCACAUGACCUGCCAGACCCACUCCGCGAUCCACAAAACGCCGAAGCUGUCGAAGAUGAAGACACGCCGAGGGUCGAGGUCACGUCGCCGGGCCCCCAGGCCCUCACACCAGACAACAGAGAAGACGACGACGACAAUGGAGAGGACGAGGCCAUGGACCAGUCGGCGAGUUUCUUCGAUCCGUCCAAUCAGAGGGCUGCCCAGAUCCGUGAGCAAUGCGCCAUGGACACGUUGGAUGACCUCCUGGAUUACAUCCUGAACGGCAGCGGCUCCAUUGGAAUCUUCGACGCGACCAACAGCACCCUCUUGCGGAGAAAGCAGAUCAUGGAGAAGAUCCGCGAGCGGGCCGGCCCCGAGCUGAACGUCCUGUUUCUCGAGAGUGUGUGCCAAGAUCAGAACCUCCUCGAGUCGAACAUGCGCCUCAAGCUCUCGGGACCCGACUAUCAAGACAAAGAUCCUGUCGCCGCUCUGGCAGACUUCAAGAAGCGUGUAGCCAUUUACGAGAAGAACUACGUCCCCAUCGGCGACUACGAAGAAGACAACAACAUGCCCUACGUCAAGAUGGUCGACGUCGGUCGCAAGCUGAUUUCUCACCAGGUCAGAGGCUUUCUCGCAGGUCAGGCUGUGUACUAUCUUCUCAACUUUAACCUCGCGCCUCGCAUGAUCUGGAUCACACGGCACGGCGAGUCCAUGGACAACGUAGCCGGCAAGAUAGGUGGUGACUCUGAGCUGAGCGACAACGGCCGCAAGUACGCCAAAGCCAUGACACGCUUCAUCGAAAUGCAGCGCAAAGACUGGGCUGUCCGCCAAGCUGACAAAAUUGCCAACACACAUUUCCCGCCAGUGCCCGGUGACCACACCCCGCCCAAUCCAUACUACGGGACCGAUCUCGAACAACACAACUUCUGCGUCUGGUCCAGCAUGCUCAAAAGGGGCGUGCAGACCGCCCAGUAUUUCUGCGACGAGGACUUUGACAUCAAACAAAUGCGCAUGCUUGACGAACUCAACGCAGGCCUCAUGGAAGGCCUCACCUACAACGAGAUCCAGACCAAGUACGCAGAAGAAUACCUCCGUCGACGCCGCGACAAACUCUCAUAUCGUUACCCUGGCCCUGGCGGCGAAGGCUACCUCGACGUCAUCAACCGCAUCCGGCCCGUCAUUGUCGAGCUGGAGCGCAUGACAGACCACUGUCUGCUGAUCACGCAUCGCAGCGUGGCGCGCGUCUUGUUGGCGUACUUCCAGGGCUUGAAUAGGGAGGACGUGGCUGACCUCGACUGUCCGCUUGGCAUGCUGUAUCAGCUCGAGCCCAAGCCGUAUGGCGUCGAGUUCAAGGCGUGGAGGUACAAUUCCGAUACGGACGACUUUGAUCAUCUGCCCGCGUAUAAGCUCAGGCGAGCGACGAUGCCGCAGCUGAACUAG